GUCUGCAGUGCAGAGGCCGCAGCGCGCAGCCUUCUCACUGUGGCUAGUUGUUAUAAAGUCGUAUUUUCUGUCAACUAUUUGUGAAUAUAUUUUUAUUUAUUUAUUUAUAGUGUGUGGUUGCGUACGACGACAAAAUUAACCAUUGUGUUAAUGUGUUAUUAAAUCAAGAAUAUAAGUUUUCUCGAAAAAAAUUGAAUCUUUUCAGCCUAAACUAUUGUAAAACAUUCGCAGUUUGUGUCUCAAUUUAAAACAAUCUAUUACGAUCAUGUAUUUCUGAUUACUGAAUAGGUUGUUAAAUUUGUUUUUCUAGUAAUUUGUUCUUUGAAUAAAGUAGGAAAUAUGACUUUAACCAUGACCAAAAAAGUUAGUGAGUGUCAAGCGGAGACGGUACAAUUUAUGCCAAUAGAAAAAGUGGAAAAUGAACACAGUUCAGAAUUCAAUGCGGGCAACACCCUUCUCAGAAGAGGCAAGAAGCUGGAAGACAAUAAUAACUUGACAAAAGAAGACAUAGAGUAUAUAAACUAUAGACAAUUGUUGAAGUAUGAGGAAGCACCGGAGUAUCUACAGCAUAAUCCAUUUAUUAGAGAUGGAUAUAGAAAGCUGUUACCUACAAGAUUAUGUUGGGAGAGCAUAUUCUGGUGGACGAACGAAACGAUGAACAUAUGGACACACAUCUUCGGCUUCUUCCUCAUUCUGUUCCUCACGAUCAACGACCUGGUCAUCAUAAACAUCCACGCAACGGUCACGGAUAAGAUUGUCGCUGGUAUAUUGUUCUCCUGCUUUUUGGUAUGCAUGGCUCUGUCAGCACUGUACCACACGUUCUCGUGCCGAUGCGAGAACGUGUACAACAAAUUCUUGAUGUACGACCUGUUUGGGAUAGCGCUCUCCUUGCUGGCAAUAUACACUUCUGGGGUGUACUAUGCCUUCUGGUGUCAUUCCGAGCUACGAAUGUUUUACAUGACAUCGGUCACACUGAUCUUCAUCCUCGCGAUGGUGCUCCAAAUACCGAAGUUGAGGGUUCCGUAUGCGGUGAAAAUGUGCGUUUUUAUCGGCUGGGCCGCGUACGGUGUGCUGCCAACGCUGCACUGGACCUAUGUUAUGGGGGGCUUUGACAACCCAAUGGUGGCGAUGUUCUUUCCGAGGGUCAUAGGGAUGUACAUCAUAAGCGGUACGGCGUUCGUCAUCUACGUGCUCAGGAUCCCCGAGCGCUGGGUGCCGGGGCGCGUGGACUACGUGGGGCACUCCCACCAGUGGUGGCACGUGCUGGUGCUGGCCGCGCUCUACUACUGGCACAACUCCGGCAUGAUGUAUGUGCAGUACCGCAUGAACCACGGCUGCGCCAACACCAUGAGGAUAUUCUAGGGUUCCACGACACUGAUUUUCGUUUAGGCUAGUUAUAUUAAGAAUAUACUAAUAAUAAAUGCCUCUUACCCCACUCGUCUGCCUCAGCCCCGCGUAUUAGACACGACUUUUAAAGAAAUUGCAGUUAAGCACCUCGUUUUGCUUCGAGGUGGCAGUGGGAUGUUUGUGUAAACCUGAUUUAAAGGUAUUAUCAUAAUGCGACCAAAACUGGCUCAAUCGCGAGUGGUACAUCGCACAUAUGUUGUGUAAAGCGUGAAACAUGGUUGUGUCAGCGACUUAUUAAUAUUCAAUUCAACUCAAUUUAUUACCUUAUGUCUCAUACACAUUCCACACACACAUAAACAUUCGAAAAAUAACAACAUGAAUCUGGAAAACAUAUUACGACAUUAGCCUCAUAGGAUUUGAAAACGUUGUCCACGUUGAGACAAAACGCGCGCGAUGUAAACGCGUUAGUACAAUAUCAAAUGUAUGAAAGUAUACGUCUAUAGAUGUGUAGUCGCUUUAAUAGUUUGAGGUUUACCUCAUUGAGGUAAGGUUCGCAUUGAAUCGUGAACUUUACCUCGAUGAGGACAAAUAAAUAUAGAAAUUAAUAGCUGACUCCGCGUUUUCAAUGAAAUAAAGUGUAACUUUAUUCCUCUAUCGAAUUUUUCCCGUCAAAAUAUACAAUAUCUUUCCCGUCUGUAAAUGUAUUAUAAUUAAUAUUAUGAGCUGUUCAGUGUCCCACAGCCGGAUAUAAGCCAUCUAUUCUAUAAAGGUACUUAUAAAAUUUUUUUAUUAGUGAGUGUAUACUUGUGUGAUCAUAUUUUUUACAUUGCGCUAUCAUAUCGAAUUAAAUUAUGCAUUGAAAUGUAUGUUUCAAAUAUCGGCUGUUAUAUAGUUUUUGUUAUCAAGCAAGUUUUCUUCCAGUUUAUUAAGAUCGUUCAGGAUUUUUUAAAAUUAUUUUUUGCAUAUGUAAUUUUUUAUAUUAUAUUAUAAAGAAAAGCAAUUACUGGGAGAUGACAAGUGACAAGAGAGUUCUGAAUAUCUAUGACAUUUAUUUUAAAGACUUAAUUUAUUUUCUAAAUGUAAGUUAUUAUUUUAAGUAAAAUUGUUUCACAGUUAAACUGAAAUGUUAAUGCUAUGUUGGAUUGUACCUAUUAAUAAUUACUACAAAAUAUUCGAAUAAUGUCAAUUAUCUAACGAUAACGAUAAUUGAAAUGUAAUCAGUAUUUAAGCAUUAAAAGAACAUUGGGUGCCUAUUGGAGAAAUUUUGCUAUAAAAUUGAAAUUGGUAAAAAAUUCAAUUGUUGAUAUUUUCUCGGUUUAAAAAUGUUUUAGUACAAAUAAAAAAAUACAAUAUAACAAGUAUAGGUAGCUAAAUUGUUGAAAAAUUAUUAUGAAUAUUCACAAUAGUGAAAUAAAAGGUGAUAAACUUAGGACGUACAAUGAAUCCUAGUUUAAGAAACGACAUUAUAUUAAAAUAAAAAAAUAUCCUAUAUGCGGUAUCGUUUUUCAUAUUUUUAUUUAAAGAAAAAAAGACAUUUGGCGAGGUUAGCUAUAAAGGCGAUCAUACACGAGGACAGAAAACAUUGAAAUAAAAUAAUGUUGAUAAAAUAGCCUUAUUCAAUGUAAAUCGGCUAUUUUUUAUUUUAAAAUGACAUCAUUUCCACUGGCGCCUUAAAUUAUGGAACCUCGAUUUUGUCAGAAAUUGGGAUCAACGCUUUUUUAUAUUAAAUUUAAUGUACUAAGUAUAACAAUUGUUUACAAUGUAUAACCUCACUUUUGUUAUAUUAUAUAAUUAUGGAUUAUUGAAAUAUCACAUUCCUAUAUUUCUUGCCUGUCGUGCGGUCAGCUUACUGUACUUGCUCAAAUCAAUGUUACCUUUUAGUUAAAUAUUUUAAGAAACUGAGAUACUUCUUAUACAGGUAUCUGUGAUUGGUUAUUAUCUUUAUUUCUUGUUUUAUACUUUUUUUGGUCUGGGUGGGUAUACAAAUUUUAAUUAUACAUAUAAAAGUAGCA